ACGGCGAGAGAUAAACCCAUAUAGCUCGAGAGAGGUAAACGUUAAGAAUCUCCGAUUCGAUCCAAUGGCUGAAUUAGUGGUGAACUCUGCAGUUGAAUACAUUGAAAGCAUGAUUCUUGAAGAAUCAAACAAAGCAGACUUAUCCGGUGUUGAAUCUGAAGCCAAAGCGGUCCAAUCGGAGCUCGAAAGCAUAAAAAAAUUGGUGACCAAAAUCCGAUUGCACAACAAUGAAGUCCGCAACAAGGAGCCAGUCCGCACCAUCUUCGACAAGGUAAUAAAAAUGGCGUACGAAGCAGAGGAUGUUGUCGACACCUACGUUUCCGAAACAGAGUCAUCCCGAAACUUAAUUCUAGGGUUUAACAAACUGUAUCGGGCCCAUCAAACCACGAAGGAGCUUCGAAAACUUCGAUCCUCCAUGAACGAAACAAAAAGGUUUAUGGCGGAUUCAAUGGAAGGCUCAAUCAAAGGUGUACGGACUCGUGGGUCUGAAUCUCCUAAGUGCCAUAUCCAAUCUGAUAAAGAAUAUGCUGUUGGGAUCGAUUUCGAUAUCGAAAAAUUGGUGAAGAUUUUAAUCAACGAGAAGGAUUGUGUUGAUGUUCUUGCGAUUUUGGGUAUGGGUGGUUCGGGAAAAACAACUCUUGCUAGGAAUAUAUAUAAUCAUGCUAAGAUCAAGAAGUAUUUUAAGUAUCAGGCUUGGGUUUCGAUGUCGCCAGGAUGGGUUCUUUCUGAUGUAAUGUCAGAAAUUUCAAGACAAAUCAAUGAUCAAACCGGUUUAUUUGAUGGGUUGUCUGAAUUUUUAAUGAAUGGUGUAAGAAGAAAGAAAUCUCUGAUUGUGUUGGAUAAUGUAUGGGACUGUGAUAAAUUGCAUGACGAAUUGCUGCCCAAAAUAUUCCAGCGUGAUGAUGGUGGUGAUGCGAAUGAUGAGCGUAUUAAGAUUUUAAUCACUAGUCGGCAUCGGCAUGAGCAUGACACCACUCUGAAAUGGUGUUUUCAUGUGAUGGAGCUUCUAAGUCAAGAAGAUGCAUCGGAUUUUUCUAACAAGGUAACAAUUGGUGAUGAUGAAGAUGAAGAUGAAGAAUAUGUUGUUGGGAUCGAUUUCGAUAUUGAAAAAUCGGUGAAGAUUUUAACCAACGAGAAGGAUUGUGUUGACGUUCUUGCGAUUGUGGGUAUGGGUGGUUCGGGAAAAACAACUCUUGCUAGGAAUAUAUAUAAUCAUGCUACGAUCGAGAAGUAUUUUAAGUAUCAGGCUUGGAUUUCGAUGUCGCGAGGAUGGGUUCUUUCUGAUGUAAUGUCAGAAAUUUCAAGACAAAUCAAUGAUCAAACCGGUUUAUUUGAUGGGUUGUCUGGAUUUUUAAUGAAUGGUGUAAGAAGAAAGAAAUCUCUGAUUGUGUUGGAUAAUGUAUGGGACUGUGAUAGAUUGCAAGACGAAUUGCUGCCCAAAAUUAUCCAGCGUGAUGAUGGUGGUGAUGCGAAUGAUGAACGUAUUAAGAUUGUAAUUUAAUUUGAAAAAAAACCAGACCAGACCAUUUAAACCGUAGACCAGACCAAAUACUAAAAUUCCGGUUUGAUUUACGGUUUAGACCAAACUUUGUUCAGCCCUAGCUGUUUUAUUGAAGGGCCACUGUUUUGUUUCUUUAAAUACCCCCAUUCCCAUCCAAACCUCACCAUUUCUCCAAGCCUUCACCUUCUUAUCACCCCCGAAACGUAAUAAAAUUCCGAUUUUUUGCCUCAAAA